CAGUGUAACAACGUCGCCCGCGCCGCGAUACGUCUCGAUUUCCACGAUGCCGGACCGUGGUCGAGCGAGCUGGCGGCUCAAGGACAAGACUUCGGCGGUGCAGACGGCAGCAUCGUGCUUUCCGGCUCCGAGAUUGGACGAAAGGAGGAUCGCGGCCUGGAGCGGAUGCCAGCGCAGAUGAAACAGUGGCAGAGGACUUUCAACGUAUCGAUGGCGGAUCUGAUCCAGUUCGGCGCCAUCCAUGCCGUCGUGACUUGUCCUCUGGGAUCGCGUAUCCGAUUCUUCGCGGGGCGCAAAGACUCCCGAGUACCAGCGGUCGAAGGACUUCUGCCUUCGGUGACUGCACCUGCCGAUGAGCUCAUCAGCCUGUUCCGUGCCAAGACGAUCGAGCCUCAUGAGUUGGCAGCACUUCUGGGUGCUCACUCGACAAGUAUCCAGAGGUUUGUGGAUCCCGCGCUGGCAGGUCGUCCGCAGGAUAGCACGCCGAUGAUCUGGGACGUCAAAUACUACAACGAGACGAUCCAGGAAAGGCCGAGAAGGAUUUUUAGAUUGCAGACCGAUGUUGCUCUCGCUGCAAAUCCUUCGAUGAAGGAUGAGUGGAUGGAUUUUAUCGAUCCCGUCGACGGGCAGGACCACUGGAACUCGGACUACGCAACCGCUUACACUCGCUUGAGCUUGCUUGGAGUCAACAAUAUCAAUCAGAUGACGGAGUGUUCUCAAGUACUGCCUGCUGAAACCAGAAGGAGGCCUCGGUUCGCCUGA